AUGGAUGUUAGUGAUGACGACAAUGGGCAGAUUGUGAGUGAAAAUGGAACAACAGAUAUCGAAGUUGAUUCCGUGGAGGAAGUGGCUAUCGGAAUUCGUCGGUUUGAUUUAACGAUACAAAAACCAUAUAUAUUAACGACAUUACCUCCGAAUCCAAUUCUCGAGGCAAUUGAAAACUUAGGAUUUAAAGCUGUGUUUGCUCUUUCAGUUAUUUUAUCAUUACACUUGGCGGGUGGUUCCAUAUUUAUGUUAGCGAAACAUGGAUGUAUAAUAAUUGUGGCUAAAGUAUUUUUGUACAUAUUUCUCGCUUUUGACAUUGGUCUACGAGUUUCGGUUGGUUGUUAUGCAUUAUAUGUUGGAGCAAAAGACGACGAUUUUCAAUGGGGAUUAAUUUACUCGUUCUUGCUUUUCAUAGGGAAAGAAGAUAUAGUAAAUUUGAUGGAAGAAUAUCGGAGUGCUACCCCGUGGGAUAUAUACACGUUUCUGAACUCUGCACUUGCGCUAGUUGCGUAUGUUUUGAUAUUUUUGGGCUCAGAAUGUACAAUUGGUUCACAGUGUUAUCUAAUUACAAGUUCGCUUUUGGCAGCAGCGUGUGCGACGUGCGCUAAAUGUCUUUGGGUAUUGCUUUGGUUUCAUUUCGACAAAGAACUAUGA